AUGGCAGGACCAGGCUGGUCCCACUUGCUGCGUCGUCUGCAAAAAAGGAGAAGUCAUUAUUUUCCAUGUUCAAUUAAAGAGACUGAGGAGUGCAGCAGAAUUGCCCGAGAGGCAGAAGCGGCUGUUUUCCAUCAGCAGCUCUUUGAGGAGCUGCGAAGGUCCAUGCCUCUGAGCCGGGAUCCCACGGAGGUCACUGCCAUCGGAGCAGUGGAGGCUUCCUUCAAAUCCUGUUCCGGAGCCAUCAUCGUCCUGACCAACUCGGGAAGGACGGCACAGCUGGUGUCAAAGUACCGUCCCCGAGCACCCAUCAUCGCGGUGACCCGGAAUGCACAGGUCGCUCGUCAGGCUCACCUCUAUCGGGGCAUCUUCCCGGUGCUCUACCUCAACAAGGUCCAUCACGUCUGGUCUGAGGAUGUGGAUCAGAGAGUUAGCUUCGCCAUGGACAUAGCUAAAGCCCGUGGGUUUGUCCACGUGGGGGACGUGGUCAUCGUGCUGACGGGCUGGAGGUCUGGAGCAGGUGCCACCAACAUCAUGAGGGUGAUGCCCGUUCACUGAGGGCAGGGAGCUUGACCUUUAACCUGCGACCUCCUCGGUAGCUGGUGGGAGUGGGGGGUGGGGGUGGCGUCGGGACCAGGGGCUGAGAAAAUAA